CCCACAACAUUCUAUAGAUUUUAGGAUAAUAAACUACUGUUCUGUGUAAAUGGCCUUGGCUUUACUAGUGAAUUUUAAGGGCCAGGUGGUAAUUUCCAUUGCAUAAGUAGCCUAACUGACUAUUUGAAAUUAGGGGGUGGUAGCGCAACUUGUGACGGGAAUUGAAAGUCGAACAACUCACAUUUACCUCAGUGCGGGAACUCUGGGGUCAGGAAUGUGGUUUUUCUGAGUCUUGAAGUGCGCAGACAGGCGAAGAUGUCGCAGACGAGACAGCACGCUCACCAGGAAAAGUGGCUGCAGAAGAGAAUAAUAGGGAACUUUGAACCAUCAAGGCAAUUGCCACUGAAGUUCAAAAGGUAGGCUAUGCUAUACCUAGUAAAGGAAAGUAAGGGGAAAUAGAAACUGAGGACUUUGGACUUGUGUCUGUUAUAGACCUAGUUGUAUAGCCUACUAUUACGCAUAUCGCAACCCAUCUCCCAGUGAACUAUAGCCUAAUAAUUAUUGAGGUUUGGGUGAGGUUCGCUGAUGAAUAUCCACAAUAAAUGGGGAUGCUAUGGUUUUACAAAGGGAAGUGUAUUUAGUUCCUGGCAUAGACCAUCAUGGGCACUGUUUAUCCAACCACACCGCCUCCCAUUUCGCUGUAGCCUAGUCAGACCAAGUGAAAGUUCCGGAUAGGCCACAGAGCGCAGUAGCGACGGGCUUGGCAACAGGUGCGUUUUGUGAUGUUUACCUGAAUAUCUGUGAACUAUGGAGGGAGCGUGGUCAAAAGAGAGGCAGGCUUCUGUCGACUGGUUCUCUCGGCAUCAGCUGUCUUACAUUCUGCAAACUGGAGUCAUCCCAGAAUGGUUCCACGGCAUCAUAACACGAAAGGCUGCAGAGGACCUCCUGACUCCCAAGCCACCAGGGUACUUCCUAAUCAGGGUUAGUGAGAGCAGAAUAGGAUACACCUUAUCAUACCGAGCUCAUGAUCGUUGUCGGCACUUCAUGAUUGACGUUCUGCAAGACAAUCACUACUUGGUGGUGGGAGAGAGUGUUCGACACAGGUCUUUACAAGACUUGGUGGCCUAUCACCGCAGGAUUCCUAUUCUACCUUUCAACGAAUUAAUAACCGUCGCCUGUGGCCAGGCGUCAAAGGACACCGUUGACUAUGCUGAGCUGAUCCUCCCUAAAACUACUCACUGCCCAAAUGGCUCCAGUGGAGGACCACCAACAAUUGCUCCAAGAAGUGCUCCUCCUCCUCCUCGGGAGUGCAUUGUCCCUCCAGCAGCAACUGAGGAGAUCCCUCCGGCACUUCCCUACCGGUCAACCAAAGUGGACAAUAACGCCUCAGAUCAGAGUAUGAAUGUAUCUCCUCCAGUACCUGAAGGAUGUUCCUCUCCUCGACUGUACCCGUGUCUUGAGGCUGAACUGGGGGCACUCACUGCCCAAAAUGUGAUGUCAAUGCCAGUGCCAUUACCAUUGCCAAGGAAGAUGCGCUCAGGCAACUCCGCACCACAAGUGGACCCCCACGCCCCAGAGCUGCCCCCUCGAGUCACUAUCGCAGCCAGGAAGGAGCAACCGUGCCCCAAGACCAAUGGACUACAAGAGCCCAAGGCAGGAUGCAACGGAGCGGGGCCCAUGAUGACCCAUCCUGGUUCAGACCCAUCAUCAAACACUAAACCCCAAGAAGCCAAAUCUGGUAUCAACCUUACACACCUCAAGAAGAAGUUUCAGAAGAUGCGAUCGUGUUCGGAAGAGCACACGUACGCAGAGAUCAGCGAAAUAAACAGAGAGAGGCAACAAGUCUCCGGGUUUGGAAACACAGAUGGAGGUAGCAACAAGGCCUCGGAAAAUGAAUACGAGGAGCUGCCGGAGCCUUCUGACAAAAAGCCUGCACCCAAACCGAGCAUCUCGUCCGACGCUGGUGUCACAUUGAGCCAGCAGUCAAUGCCGUCAGAGUACCUGCCACCUCCACCUUUUGCCCCAGGAUAUUAACCAGGAAGAUAUUUGCAAGCUUUGCAUGUGGUUAACUCGGGCUGUUAUACGGGUGUUUUAAGAAGACAUAUCUCACACACAAACUACAUAUCUUUUUUUUUUUUUUUUUAAGAUUUUAUUUGGGCUGUAUUUAUGAUAGUACAGUGACAGAGGGUUAGGAAACAAGUGGGGAGAGAGGGACUGGGAAUGACCCAGGCCAGAAUCGGACCCGGGUCACCGGCAUAGUAACCUAGUGCCCUACCGUUAGGCCACAGUAGGGCCACAAACAACAUAACUUAUGUACAAACACUGACACUGUUAUAUAGAUAGUGGCAUGCUGGGAAUAGGCCUACAUUUUGACACCUAAAGAGAUAGCCUAUGUUUACUUUGCAUAAAGGAACUACAGACUACAGUGCUUCCUCAAUAUACCGGUAGUAAAAGUCCGGCUGCUAUAAGCCUGUUCAGGUUUUUCAGGUUUACACCCGACCUCCUGAAUGUCAAGCCUUAUCAUAUGUUGAGAGCUCUUUUUUUUCAUACACGCGCCUCUAUUUUAGGUUGCCUACCUUGAUAAGAUGAUAAUGAAUUGACUAUAUUAUGAGCAAUUCUAAUAUGAAUCUCUGUUUGGCAAAUAAAUUCAUGAUGAUGUAAUUAAUUAACAAUUAUGAUGUAAUUCAUAUUUAUUUAAGGAUGAAUAAAUUAUAGCAGAGAAUAAAACGUUUUUAGUUCUACAAACUCUGUAAUGAUUAAUUUAAUAAUUGUGUGGGUGUGAUUAAACUGCAGGCUAAAAAAUAACCCCUUUGUGCAUGGUAAUUCACUCAAGAAUGAACAAUGAAUAAGCCUAUCCAUCCUACCUCAAGGC